AUGGAGAAGAUAAAGGAAGCAUUUGGCCGAGUCGACAAAUUUUCUCUGGAGAAUGCUAACCGACUGUGUACGGAAGUGGAACGCAUCGAGGAAACACUUCUCAGCGACGCCGGCAAUGCAGAGCCCAAGAUGAAGCUCAUUGAUGCCUCCCUUCAGCAAAUACGAGAGCUUACGGAGGUACUCAUCUGGAUGGAUAGCUGCCACGACGAGUGGUUUGAGCAGGUAAUGGAGCACGACGUCAUGGAUACCUUCGAGCGCCUAGCCACCAAUGCUCUAAUGCCAUCGUCUGUCAAGCUGCAGAGCUUGCAGAGUGUCACAGUCAUGCUGCAGAACUUGUCGCGGGACUCGUCGCUCUUCUACGUCUGCAGCAACAAUCACAUCAAUCGUAUGGUCGCCGCCGAGUUCGACAUCCAAGACGACGAGUUCGUCUCGCUGUAUGUGUCCUUCCUGAAGUCUUUAGCCCUGCGGUGUACACCUGACACAGUGCAGUUUUUUUUCGACGUGCAAAAUGGUGCCUUUCCGCUCUGGAAUCGGGCAGUGCGGCUGCUGGACUCGGCAGAUGUCAUGGUGCGCACCGCCACCAAGCAGAUUAUAGUGACCAUCGCACAGCUACAAGAUGCGGCGGUGUCUGCCUUCGUAGAAGCAUCCAUCUCGGACGUCCUUCAAAGCGUGCUGGGCUUUGUGGAUGCGCAGAUCGUGCGCCUUGCAGCGAGUGUGCCGUCCUGGAGCAGCCUGCAUGAGUCGGUUGGUUUCCCAAAGGCUUACGGAGACCCCAACGUGGGGAGAUUCCCCUUUUCCGCUGAUCCUGCUGCGACUCUGCCGCCGCCUCCAGCGCAAUCUUCCCUAGUGGUAGACACUCGUGCGUUGCAGAUUCAACUGGAUGACGUGGAGGAUGAGCUGCUUUACCUGAAUGAUCUUUGUCGCACGCCGGUGCCCAACGCGGGUGCGCAAGCGGCGGCGGUGCUGCAGCGAGUUCUCCUUCCGCACUUCCGCAGCGCCAUCCAGAGUGAGGUGGAUUCUGCCAGCAGCGCCUCCACCUCUUCGGGGAUGAGUGUGGCGCACGCCACUCACUCGAUUCCUGGUGCUCGAUUCAGCGGCUCGUGCACCCCCGCAUCUGUUGUGUUGGCGUUCCUCUCCUACUGGUCGCAGGUAAACACCGAUGCCCGUGUUGCCGCCGCGUUAGUCGACUUCUUCGUGAAGCCCCUCAACUCCUCCUCAGGGACCUCGUGCUUCACCGUGGCGUCUAUGGUGUUGGAGUCCACACGCGUGGAUCUGCAUGAGUCGGUGGUAGUCGUCUGUCGACACGCGCUUUCGCGCACUGGAACUCAGCCGACACCACCAGUGUCUUUCUCACCAUCGCUGCGCUUUCCUAGCUCACUUGGUCAGUUCUUCUACGCCAACACACCGUACCAGCAAACGGGGACGGUGCUGAUGAGUGGCCCAUGCUCCACAACUUUGCCCUCAAAGGAGAAGUUCGUGCAGACGGUGUGGCCAUCGCCGCCGACCGCCACCACCAAUCCAUUCGUGCUCCUCGUUCCUCACGUUGUGGCAGCACUUUAUACGCAACUAAAGUACUUUCAGGCAACUCGACUGAGCUGUGUGACAGCCUCGCUGUCGUUAUUGCUUGAUAUGAUUUCGAGUGCGGCGCCGGGCAAGCCUGAGUGGACAAGUGUGUAUCUUGAACUGAUGAAGCUGGUGCAGCGUCUGCUGCUGGACUGCGUGAAGCAGUACGCCUCGGCGAUACAGAAGACGUUGCAUGCGCAGAAGAUUGCUGAUGCUGACAUGCCGCACUCUCACAUUUCCCUCCGCGACACCUUGGAGUCAACGAAUGAGGAGGCACCGCUGCCAAUUCGAGACCCCUACACGUCGAUGUUUCUAAAACUGAAGGAAGCAGCGAUCUGGAUGGAGGCGGCAGAGCAGGCGCGUUUGCCGCUGCUGGAGACAGCGGCGCAGCGCCCCAGCAAAAGAGACCUGUACCUUUUUUUCCCCUCCUUUCCACUUCUCUUCACAGAUGAGGGCAGGCUCAUCCUAAACACGUGGCCGCCGCUUCUCCUUACAGUGUGCCGGCAACCGGGUGUGGCAGCGCAAUGGGCAGUCGCAUACCACGUUGCGCAGGAGAGUGUUGUCCGCGCCCUGGACUACCCAAAUCGCGCGCCGGUGUCGGAUGCAGAGUGUGAACUAAAUUUGUAUCUCACGUUACUUUUGAUGCGACGUGCGUUUGUGGGUCACGCCCACCGCAGUGGGGUCGACGUGCUGCAGAUGACACUGCGGCAGCUCGCGCCUCAGCACAGGCAGUCGAUGUACUUUACCUUGACUAACACAGCCACGGCACUCUCAGUACGAUGCGAAAUAACGAGCGAAUGGCACCUGGACAGCCAAGCCCCUUCCAUCGCGCCCCCAGGCACGCCGGUGUGCAUGGUGCUUCCUUCGACCUCUGCCGGUAGGGAGGGGAGAGAGCUGCUCUUCUUGGACAUUCCCAUCAGCGUUCCGGAGAGAGUACGCUCGCAAGAGUUGCUGGCAGGCGAGCACAAGAGGCGUGUCCUCUGCAGCUUGGAUCUUGCCUUUGUGGGUAUCAAUAUCCAUCCACGGUACCCUUUUAAGGUCGUGCUGUCUUACCAGCUGUCAGGGCACGUUAUGCUGCUGCACCUCGUCACUAACGGCACGGCAGCGGCACAGAUGAUGGUGACGGGCGUGGAGAAGGCUGCCAACGAGUGCCGCCAGCGGGGUGCAUCUUUCUGCUUUGGUCUUAUGAACUACAGGAGUGCUCUUCUCGGCGAUGAGAGCGAACAAGACAGAUCUGCAGGGAAGGAGGGAGAUCAUUUUUUGUCGAGAAGUGCAAGGGGCGAAGCGGCCGACGUGCGCGCAUCCUCCCACCCCUAG